CUUUUCCUUUUUAUCUUGCAACAGCAGUAUUUUCAUUAAUGCUAAUCCUUGCCAGAAAUGCCGCCUCGUGCAAAAUCAAAAAAGUCCCAAGCAGAUAAUGCCUCUAAAGAUAUCACGCCCAAUUCUAAUUCCAAUUCGUUUCCAGGAUGCAUUCGACAGGUGACUCCAUCUUCAGUGGCUAUAAGUGUGCAUGCCAAGCCCGGAUCCAAGCUCUCUGCCAUCACAGAUAUUGGUGAUGAGGCAGUUGGAGUACAGAUAGAUGCACCUGCGAGAGAUGGAGAAGCAAAUGCGGCACUGACUGAGUAUAUUAGUUCGGUUCUGGGAUUAAAAAAAAGACAGGUAUCUUUAGGUUCUGGAUCAAAAUCAAGGGAGAAGAUUUUGCUUGUAGAAGACUCUUCAUUACAGCAUGUGUAUGAUGCUCUGAAGAAAGCUUGCAAUUGAAAAGUAUUUUGGCAAGUUAUAUUAUUGAAGGGUUUAUACAACAUAAGAUUAUUUAUGAUAAAGUAAUGUACUGGUAUAUGUGCAUAUUUUUCAUGUGCCCUUUCUUUGUUUACGAAUGGUCGGAUAGAUGCACAGAUGAUCUAGUUAAGAAUGUGGCUAAAAGCUUAGCUUGCAUGAUAAAAUGGAAUCCACUUUUGGAGACAACAUGAACAAAGCCAUUAGAUUUUACUUCUGUUUAAUGCCAUUUUUUUCCAUAAUGUUUAUCUUUGAAAA